AGGCCGGCUGGACGUUUUCAAUCAAACAACUAUAAUAACAAACAGAUGGGGAGCAGCGGCAGAUGGUAAUCUAGUGUAUUACAAUGGAUUCAACGGGGCACACGUAGGAUCGAAUAAAUCACGCCCCUUGUCAAAAUUAACCAAUCGGACGUCGCUAUGAAUCGACGUCCAACCACGUGAGCCAAUCACAGCGCUUCUUGUUGGGUGGGCAUUUGCCGAGGCCCUUUAGCUAACAGCAGAGGAAGCAGGCCUUCAUCAUUGCCCUGUUCAGACUGACAUGGUGUGUUGCCGUGCUCAGCACUAAAUUACCAUUGACAGCAGGCCGCCCUGUUGUUUAUAGCCGAGCUUUGCUGUCAGCCCGCAUCGCCAAAGACUCGUCGCCUCUUUUGAGAAUGCCGCAAACCAACAAAUCAAGAAACACUCCGGUCCAGUCGGGGGCCUCCGCUGAAGAGCCGGCGCUCCGGGAAGAGAACCCUACUGCAGAAGAUGCUGGAGGAGGAGGAGAGGACAACGUUGGGGACAGCGAGAUCAUUAAGUCACCCAGUGAUCCUAAACAAUACAGGUUCCUCGUUUUGGACAACGGCCUGCGAGCUCUGCUUAUCUCCGACUACAGCGGGCCAUUGGCAUCAGAUGAUGAAGACCCAGAUGAAGAAGAGGACUUAGAAGAAGAAGAGGAAGAAGAGGAAGAGGAUGAUGGUGAAUCGGGAGAUGACUCGGGGGAUGAGGACGAUGAAGAUGAGGAUGGGAAAAAGAAGAAAGGAAAUGCAGAGAAACAGUCUGCAGCAGCUCUGUGUGUCGGUGUGGGCAGCUUCAGCGACCCCAGUGAUCUCCCCGGCCUUGCUCACUUUCUGGAACACAUGGUGUUCAUGGGCAGCGAGAAGUACCCGUCAGAGAAUGGCUUUGAUGCUUUCCUCAAGAAGCACGGUGGGAGCGACAACGCCUCCACAGACUGCGAGAGGACCAUCUUCCAGUUUGACGUCCAGAGAAAGAGCUUCAAAGAAGCUCUUGACCGGUGGGCUCAGUUCUUUAUCUGCCCUCUGAUGAUCCGAGACGCCAUCGACAGGGAGGUGGAGGCCGUCGACAGCGAGUACCAGCUGGCUAAGCCGUCCGACUCCCACAGGAAGGAGAUGCUGUUUGGCAGUCUGGCCAAACCGGGACACCCCAUGGGCAAGUUCUGUUGGGGAAACGCGCAGACAUUGAAGCAGGAGCCAAAGAAGAACAAGAUCAAUGUUUAUAAGCGUCUGCGUGCCUUUUGGAAGAAGUACUACUCAGCCCACUACAUGACUCUGGCUGUGCAGUCAAAAGAGAAGCUGGACACUCUAGAGGAGUGGGUGAAGGAGAUCUUCAGCAAGGUGCCUAACAAUGAUCUGCCCAAGCCUGAGUUCUCUGAUCUACUGGAUCCUUUUGACACACCAGCAUUCUGCAAGCUCUACAGAGUUGUUCCUGUUGGGAAAGUUCAAGCUUUGAACAUCACCUGGGCUCUUCCCCCUCAGGAGAAACACUACAGGGUGAAGCCUCUCCACUACAUCUCGUGGCUGGUUGGCCAUGAAGGUACAGGGAGCAUACUGUCGGUUCUGAGGAAGAAGUGUUGGGCUCUGGCUUUGUAUGGAGGAAACAGUGAGACAGGCUUUGACCAAAACACCACCUAUUCCAUCUUCUCCAUCUCAAUCACACUCACUGACGAAGGAUUCCAAAACUUCUACCAGGUGACUCAUCUGGUUUUCCAGUAUCUGAAGAUGCUGCAGACACUUGGACCCCAGCAGAGAAUAUAUGAGGAGAUCCAGAGGAUCGAGGCGAAUGAGUUUCACUAUCAGGAGCAGAUUGACCCAAUAGAGUAUGUCGAGGACGUUUGUGAAAACAUGCAGCUGUUCCCUAAGGAGGACUUCCUGACUGGAGAUCAACUGAUGUUUGAGUACAAUCCAGAGGUGAUCGGUGCAGCCCUGUCCCUCCUGACUCCAGAGAGAGCUAACCUGAUGCUGCUGUCACCGGGACACGAGGGCCGGUGUCCCCUCAGGGAGAAGUGGUUUGGAACACAGUACAGCGUGGAGGAUAUAGAGCAGGAGUGGAUGCAGCGAUGGACGGUAAACAUGGAGCUGAGCAGUGAUCUCCACCUUCCUGCAGAGAACAAGUUCAUCGCCACUGACUUCACCCUGAAGCCGUCUGACUGCCCAGACUCCGACUUCCCUGUCCGCAUCGCCAGCAGCGACGAGGGCUGCCUAUGGUACAAGAAGGACAACAAGUUCAAAAUCCCUAAAGCCUACAUCAGAUUCCACCUAAUCUCUCCUGUAAUCCAACAGUCUGCUAAAAACAUCGUGCUGUUUGAUCUGCUCGUAACCAUUCUGGCCCACAACCUGGCAGAGCCGGCCUACGAGGCCGAAGUGGCUCAGUUGGAGCACAAGUUAGUGGCUAGCGAGCACGGCCUGAUCAUCAGGGUCAAAGGGUUCAACCACAAGCUGCCUCUGCUGUUCCACCUGAUAAUCGACCACUUGGCUGAUUUCUCUGCCUCGGCCGAUGUCUUCAGCAUGUUCACAGAGCAGCUCAAAAAAACCUACUUCAACAUCCUCAUUAAACCCGACAAACUGGGCAAGGACGUUCGUUUGUUGAUCCUGGAGCACUCUCGCUGGUCCAUGGUGGAGAAGUAUCAGGCCCUGACAGCCGGUUUGAGCAUGGAGGAGCUGAUGGAGUUCAGCCGGAGCUUCAGAGCCGAGCUGUUCGCCGAGGGGCUGGUGCAGGGGAACUUCAGCAGCGCUGAGUCGGUGCAGUUCCUGCAGUAUGUCACAGAGAAGUUGCAAUUCGCCAAGCUGCCAGCAGAGGUUCCGGUGAUGUUCAGAGUAGUGGAGAUUCCACCGAAACGCCACAUCUGUAAAGUUAAAACGCUCAAUAAGGGAGAUGCCAACUCUGAGGUCACCGUUUAUUACCAGUCGGGGCCCAAGAGCUUGAGGGAGCACACGCUGAUGGAGCUCCUGGUGAUGCACAUGGAGGAACCCUGCUUUGAUUUCCUCAGGACUAAAGAGACUCUGGGUUACCAUGUCUACCCCACCUGCAGAAACACCUCCGGUGUUCUGGGCUUCUCUGUCACCGUGGAAACACAGGCAACUAAAUUCAAUACCGAGCUGGUGGAGUUCAAGAUUGAGGAGUUCUUGGUUUCAUUUGGAGAGAAGCUCAACGCUUUGACAGAGGAGGCCUUUAACACUCAGGUGACUGCUUUAGUGAAGCUGAAAGAGUGUGAGGACACACACCUGGGGGAGGAGGUAGACAGGAACUGGACCGAGGUGGUCACACAGCAGUAUGUGUUUGACAGGCUCAACAGAGAGAUCGAUGCUCUGAAGCAAAUUAGCAGAACCGAGCUGGUGUCCUGGUUCCAGGAGCAUCGGGGACAAAACGCUAGACAACUCAGUGUCCACGUGGUGGGAUUUGGUGCUGAAGAGAGUGAAGAAGAAGGUGGUAAAAAUCAAGGAGAAGACAAAGAAGAGCUGAGUGACUCUACGUAUGGCGAGGUGUCCAAGCUCACCUUCCUCCCUGCUUCAUCCAAGAUGGCAGACGUCAUCUCAAUCAUGGACGUCCCUACUUUCACAGGAGGCCUGCCGCUCUUCCCCUACCACAAAAUACUCAAAUAACUGUUGGAAGUGGCUGAGCUCAGGGACUGCUGAGAGAUGCAGACUCUACAUUUAGUCCUGAUUCAGCAGCUUUUAGCCACAACAUGAGUGACGAUUGACUUUCGUUUUAAAUAGCAGUCAAUUCUGCUUCCUUAUAGAAGAGGAAAGCAGAGUAAACUCUUUCUGGGACUUUGGAAAUCAGUUGUGUUUCGAGAUGCUCUGAAGUGUGCUGAUUUGGAUGAGGUCAUUUUAGUCUAACUCUGUAAAGCAACUAAAACAUAAAAUACUGAAUUAUGUUGA